CAGAUAUCACAUAAAAUACGUUGCGGUUUUGUUCCAGUGUUUUCAUCCAAAUUGCCAAACUUGCGUGAAACACUUAACGGAUGGCAACCUUCCUCCCUGGAUCACUCUCCCUUUGCACUCAGAAUGAGAGACAUUACGGUGCCUGAGAAUGCCAGCAGGUGAGAGUGAAGAUCGGGCAAAGACCCGGGAAAGAUUCAACGAAGUGUUCAAGAAAUACACUGAAUCAGAGAAGAAAAAGACGAAGAAGAAAAACACUGAGACGCAGGAGACCAUUGUGCUUCAGAAUCUAAAAAAGAAUCUCAACCUUGAGAAGGACACGGAAGAUGAUGAGACCAUCCUCCAGAACACAUAUCAGCCCGAACAGGGCAGCCCUCGCUACACCAAGAAUAAGCGAAGAGAGAGGGAAACGGUGGAAAAGGCUAAUAUCAACAACAGCAGAAACCAAGAGGAGAGUCAGACUUCCAAAAUCAAGAGGAAAAGUAAGAGGGAGCUUCCCUCCCUCCCUGUGCCUGAGGACACCUCAAGUUACAUCCAGGAGGAUGCUGAUGCUUCCAAGUCUGAGAUAGCUUUGGAGCCGGAUGAUGGAGGUGGUGAAAAGGAACCAAAGCGAAAAAGUAAGAAGGGGAAAAGCAGAGGAGCUACAGAGGCCAAGGCAGAGAGUGAGGUGGAGGACAAAGAGGACAAGCUGCUGCAUGAAUACCAGCAGCAGAUUGCACGGGAGGAGGAGAGGACUUUAAAGAAGACAAGAGUCAAGACUGAGGACGAGAGUGUUGUCUCCCAAAAUGUUUCACUGAAUAAUGAUGUUGGAAAGAAGAAAAAGAAAAAGCUGAAAUCUGUACAGUCGGAAGUAGGAGAUAAAGAUGAAGAUGCUGACCAGGAUGCUGAUGUGGAAAAUGAAACAGAAACCAAGGGAAAGAAGAAAAAGAAGAAGAAAAAACACGUUGUCCAAGAAGAGGGUGAAACUGAGGCAGAAGUACCACAGCAACCGACAUUUGACGAUAGCCUCGUGCUGGGAGUGUACAUCCACAGAACAGAUCGCCUGAAGAACAACCUGCUGAUCUCACACCCCAUGGUGAAGAUCCAUGUUGUGGAUGAAAUCACUGGACAGUAUGUGAAGAAAGAGGACUGCCAUCGUCCAGUGUCCUCAUUUUAUGAGCAAGAGAACGUUGACCACAUUCUCCCCAUCAUGACUCAACCUUUUGACUUCAAGAAGAACAAGUCAAUCAUCCCUGAGUGGCAGGAACAGAUCAUCUUCAAUGAGCGCUUUGGUUACUUUGUUCAACAAAAUGAUGAAGGCCCUGAAGUUUUACUCUUCUUUGAAAUCCUGGACUUCAUAACCAUGGAAGAAGCAAGAGCAAACGUUGAUGUUAACAAGCAUGAGGGCGGAUUCAGAAAGAUUGCGUGGGCAUUCCUCAAGCUUGUCGGUACGAAUGGUGUGCUGAACAUCGACAGUAAGCUUCGCCUCCAGCUCUUCUGUCCUCCACCUCGGGCAAAGAGACAGCCUAAAGCAAUCGAGGUGGUCGAGUGGUGGAGGAAGUACCCCCGAAACAAAUACGCAUCCACCCUUUAUGUUACGGUGAAAGGCAUUAAACUUCCUGAGCAUGUGGACCCCAGUAUUCGGUCUAUGAUGGCGCUGCAGGAGGAGAGGGGCAGCACCUCCUACAGCGAACUACAGAAUGAGGUCACUAAGAGAAGCCUGACACAGCCACUGGACAGCAAGCCGCCAGCCUUGAGAUGGAGCAGGCUGCCUGGACAGGUCUGUCGGAUUCCUAACAAGCCCAUGCUGUCAUUCCGUGGUGGUCAGAUGGGCUGUUUCACAGUGCUCUUCUCUCAUGCUGGGACAAUACUGGCUGCUGCAUGUGCUGACAGAGAUGCGUUCCCUGUUGUAGUGUAUGAGAUUCCCUCUGGCAAGGUUUUGGCAGCCUUCAGUGGACACCUGAAAAUAGUGUAUGAUCUCUGCUGGUCCAGAGACGAUCGGAGCCUUUUGUCUGCCUCCUCUGAUGGAACUGUCAGAGAGUGGAACGUGGAGAGGCUACUGGGAACGGCCCAGAAGGUACUCCCUCAUCCAUCCUUUGUGUACUGUGCUCAGUACCAUCCCACAGCCCAGAACCUGGUGGUGACGGGGGGCUACGACUCUCUGGUACGGGUGUGGAGGCUUGAUGUCGAGGAUGUGAACGGUCAGCUGCUGCAGGAGUUUGAGGGUCACAGCAGUUUCAUCAACACAGUUUGUUUUGACUCUGAAGGAAGGAGAAUGUUCUCUGCAGACAAUACAGGCCUCAUCAUUGUGUGGAAAACUUCUGUCAGUGACAGCAAGCAGCGCCCGCCAUGUCAUCGCUGGUGUGUAGAAAAGAAAAUUAAUGAAAGUGACCUCAACGGUAUCCCCAUCAACAUGCUGCAGCUCCAUCCAAACGGGCGGUGCCUGCUCAUCCAUGCCAAAGACAGCGUCCUGAGGAUGAUGGACUUGAGAAUCCUGGCUGUGAAGAAAUACACUGGAGCCACAAACUACAGAGAGAGGAUCUACAGCACUUUCACGCCAUGUGGGAACUUCGUCUUCUCCGGUAGCGAGGAUGGGAUGGCGUAUGUCUGGAAUACCGACACAGGUGACCAAGUUGCAGUCUACUCCGAGCUCUGUUACCCCACCGCUCUCCACGGCGUGGCAUUCCACCCUCAUGAAAACAUGGUUGCUUUCUGUGCCUUCGGUCAGAGUCAGCCUGUGCAUGUGUACCUGUACGAUCGCAAAGUGUCCCAGCUGGAGGUGCACAACAUGAAAGCAGCGUCAGCCACGAGCAGAUCAGCUUCUGCAGACACCAAAACCAUCAGACACACUCCUGACCCCCCAGCGUUACAGGACACAUCUACUGCUUCAGCCAUAGACCAGUUUGCUCAAGCAACAAGACUCGCAUUGAAAAUGCAGUGUGUGAAGGAGCAACUGGACUCCGUACUUGAACCACAUCAGAGGUCUUCAACGUCUGGAUACAUUUAUGAGCAUGAUAAAAUGGGGGCUUCUCACACAGGGAGGAGUUUGACAUCAGAUUCUGGCACAACAGGAUUAAAUGCUCCGUUACCACCUCCGUCUCUCCUGUCGCCGCACUCCAAGCUGCAGCUGUCUGGUUCCCUGGCGGAGCAGCUUAUCCCCCAGGCAGCUCUGAGCACCCAAAACCGCGGGUUCAGUCCAGUCGGUCGGCGGGUAAAAGGAGCUUCAUCUUUCAGGCUGCAGUCGACCCUUCCUGACCACAUUUCCUCAGGUAUCAAUGUGGAAACAGACUCUGCUCCCGUGCAGCAAGUAGUCGUCUCGCUCUACGACUACAGAGCUAAUCGAUCAGAUGAACUGACCGUACGCCGCGGUGAUGUCAUCCAAGUGCUGUACAAAGACAAUGACAACUGGUGGUUUGGUCGUCUGAACAAUGGGCAGCAGGGAUAUUUUCUUGCUUCUUAUGUAGCAGAUCAGAGAGAUUUCAGUGACGAGGUGACUCAGUCUGCAGCUGCACACACAGCCCUGUCUGAGGGGGCUGCUGAGAGGUCAACACCAACCAGGGUAUCUGCUGCAAUUAGUUCUUCCGGGGAGCUCAGGUUUCUGUCCGAGCCGACCCUUUCUGACACCGAACCUGAGCUGACUGAUGUCAGAGCUAGAAGGAAAAAGAAGGUGAAAAAGCCAGGAGUCCCUGCACCUUCUUCUCAAGCCACAUUUUCAGACGCGGAUGCUUCAGAGUCGACGAGCACCAGGAGGAGAGGCACAUCAGCGGACAGGCCUCUCCCAAAGAGGCCGACAGGCCGGACUAACAGUGCCUUCGAGCCUGAUACAUAAACUCAUGGACACACGAUUGUUUUCAACUCUUUACUCUUUUUUCCACAUGAAAUCUAUUUUUGUAAUAACAAUAAAUCUUGCUGGUGCGUUGUAUUUUUACUGUUUAUGUUUUUAUAUGAGAAAAGUCAGUAUGGUCAUAUUCUGUAUUUUAUUUAAUACAGAUCGACCAAUGAAAUGUUACAAUUUGUUAAUUAAAAACAAAACAUGAAGAACUGUACAAAUCCAGGGGUUUACGUUGUUUUACAUAUUUAUUGACCUAAGCAUAAACUGAACAUUGUGUACAUUUUUACAGAUGAUAUAGGAAACAUUUCUGUAAUAUUGUAGUUCUAUUAGCCUCUAACAGAUUAAAAGUUUUUUUUCAAAUGUUUUGUAAAGUGUUUUUAUUAAUCAAAUGCAAGUCACACUUUUGAUGUAAUUGAUGCACUAUU